CCCUCAGCCUCCUCCUCCUCCUCCUCCUCCUCCUCCUCCUCCUCCUGCCGCCGCUGUGGGUGCCCGGUGCCGCCGGUGCCGCCUCAGACUGGCUGCUCCCGGCCGGGCACGGCACGGCACGGCCCGGCCCGGCCCCGUUGAGGCCCGGCCAUGUCGCAGGUGCUGCCCUACGGCGAGGACAAGGUGGGGCGCUACGGCGCCGAGCCCGAGGCGGGGGAGCUGCCCUUCAGCUGCCGCCUGCAGGACACCAACGCCUUCUUCGGGGGCAACCAGGGCAAGCGGCCCCCCAAGCUGGGACAGAUCGGCCGCGCCAAAAGAGUGGUGAUCGAGGAUGACCGGAUAGACGAGGUGCUCAAGGGCAUGACGGAGAAGUCGCCGUCGGGGGUAUAAACCCGGAGAGCCGCCGCCAGGACCCCCGGGCCCGGGGGGGGGCACAGAGGAGGAAAGAGAAAGGGGGGGGGCGGUGGGAGGCCAUACCCGCGGCCCCCCCCCCCCCCCUCAGCACAUGGCCCCAUUUGGGGGUGCAGCAGGCGGGGAGAGACGGGGGGCAAACCCCCUUCUCGGACCCCCCCACCCCUUCCAUACGCUCCCACCGGCUUCGGGGUCGCGCCCCCCCGGGCCAUGCACUUUACCCCUCCCCCUUUCAGCGAGGGACCCCCCCUCCAAAAAAAAAAAACAACUAAAACCCUAACACCGUGGUGGUGGUGAUGGGGGGGGGGGCACGGAGCUGAGCGGGGCCGGAGCGGGCUCGAAGCCGCCCCCGGUGCCAUUUUUUGCUCCAUCGUUUUUUGCAUGAGCUUCGGUGGCCCCCCCGGGCGCCGCGUCUUGGUGCCGAAAGGGUCACCCCCACUCCGGCAAACAGCUUCUUUUUAAGAGAGAAAAAAAAAAGAAAAAAAACACACACACACACACACAAAAAGAGAAAACUUUCCUCAUAUUUGUAUUUUUAUAUCCGAAUCUUUGUUAAAAAAAAAAACGCAAAACGAGCCGCUGACGGCGAGGUGUCGAAGUAGCGCAUCGGGAGGGGGGGGGCGGGAAAUAAAAGCAAAUGGUUCAUAUUUUUUUCCAUAAGAAAACCGAUUUAAAAAAAAGAAAAAAAAGGAAAAAGAAAAGGGGGGGGGAAGGUGAAGAGAAAAGAGAGGAAAAACCCACGGCCCCCCCCCCCGCCGGCAGCAGGACUUGGGGAACGUCGGUGGGGUCCGCACGCGCCAUCCAUCCAUCGCCCCCCCAGCCGGGGCGCCCGCAUCCGUCGCUGCCUCCCUCGGGAGGAUUUUUUGGGGGGGGGCCUGGGGCUUCGGGGGGGGGGGGAGCGGGGAGGGAAGGGGCCCGUUCCUGAGUUGUCGUUUUUAAUUUUGUACUUUAAUUUAAUUUUAUUUUUUAAGAAGCUUCUCGGGGGGGGGUCUUGGUGUGCAUGAGAAAACUCGUCAUCUUUUACAAUAACCUACGAGUGGCAUUUACGGAGACAACAACGCAAAAAAAAAAAAGAAAAAAAAAAACAACAAGAAAACAAGAAAAAAAAAAGAAAAAACACAAAAAAAAGAAGAAAAAAGAUCCUUGUGUCAUGAUGUUCUACGGAUGAUCCAUUGUAAAUUGAAAUGCCAUUUUUCACUGUACUGGUGAACAAAAUGCGAUGAAUAAAAUACAUCCAUGUACCGA